AUGGGGAUCACUUGGAACAUCUGCCUGUAUUUGUCUUUUAACUUUAUUUCAGCAUCUUAUUUCAACACACACAGAACAGGAACCUGUCAGCUACAGGGACAUUUCAGGUUGAAUGGAAUGUACCAGGAUGGUGAUGUUAUAUUUGGAGGACUGUUUGAGGUUGACUUCCUCACAGUGUUCCCAGAGCUCAGCUUCAGAACAGAGCCGGAGCCACCAUACUGUGAGCAAUUUGAUAUGGAAAGCUUCCAGCAGGCACAGACCAUGGCUUUCGCAAUAGAUGAGAUCAAUAGGAAUCCAAACCUACUGCCAAACAUCACUCUUGGUUACCAUGUUUACGACAACUGUGUGAUGCUAGGUAUGGCAUUCCGGGCUGCCUUAUCCUUAACUAGUGGAACAGAGGAGACCUUUUCUAACCUCAACUGCACUGGCCCACCACCAGUGAUUGGAAUUGUGGGGGAUUCAAGUUCAACUGUUUCCAUUGCGAUUUCAAGUAUUCUGGGGCUGUUUCGAGUACCUAUAGUUAGUCACUACGCCACCUGCUCCUGUUUAAGUGACAGGAAAAAGUACCCCUCUUUUUUCAGAACAAUCCCCAGUGAUGCCUUCCAGGUGCGGGCUAUGGUUCAGAUCUUAAAAUAUUUCGAAUGGACCUGGGUUGGUCUCAUCUACAGCGAUGAUGACUAUGGAAUCUACGCGGCUCAGUCCUUCCAGCAGGAAAUGCAUUUGUUUGGACAUUGUGUUGCCUUUUCUGAAAUCCUGCCCCAUGAUAACAACCCCAGAGAUAUUCAGCAUAUAACAGGAGUGAUUGAAGCCUCUACAGCUAGAGUGGUGGUUGUUUUUUCCACUCCAUCUUUUCUGAUACCUUUGAUAGAUGAGGUUGUGUUGCAGAACAUGACAGGCAGGCAGUGGAUCGCCAGUGAAGCUUGGGCCACAUCUUUCGUACACCACACUCCACGUUUACUGCCCUUCCUGAGGGGCACACUAGGCAUCGCUAUCAGGCGUGGAGAGAUCCAGGGGCUUCAUGAUUUUCUACUACGUCUCCGUCCCAGCAAUGAUCCAAAAAAUAAUAUGUUGAGGAUCUUUUGGGAGAAGAUGUUCAGGUGCAGUUUCGAAACUGGGGGUAGAGAGACAGAUGGAAAGCAAGAGAAAAAGUUGUGUACAGGACAGGAGGAUCUAAGCAUCACAGACACACCAUACACUGAUGUUUCAGAGCUGAGGGCCUCUUAUAAUGUCUAUAAAGCAGUUUAUGCCCUGGCACAUGCACUUCAUGACCUGAUGCAGUGUGAAGAGGGGAGAGGACCAUUCAAUGGGAACAGCUGUGCUGACAUGACAAACCUGAAACCUUGGCAGCUGGUUCACUACCUACAGAAAGUGAACUUCACCACAGGUUUUGGGGAUCAUGUGUCAUUUGAUAAGAAUGGAGAUGCUCUGGCCAUCUAUGAUGUGCUGAACUGGCAGCCAAGCUCUGAUGGAUCGAUAAGGGUCCAAACGGUUGGUGUAGUAAAUGAAGAGGCAGCAACAGGGAUGUUGCUCACACUGAAUGAUGAUGCAUUAUAUUGGAACUUUGAGCCAAAAAAACCCCCAAGGUCUGUGUGCAGUGAAAGCUGCCCCCCAGGCACCAGACAAGCCACAAGGAAAGGUUUUCCUGUCUGCUGUUUUGACUGCCUGCCAUGUGGAGAUGGAGAGAUUUCUAAUACAACAGAUGCUAUUGAGUGCACAGUGUGUCCAGAUGAGUUCUGGUCCAAUUCAUAUAAGGAUCAGUGUGUCCUCAAAGAAGUAGAGUUUCUGUCCUACGAGGAUCCACUGGGAAUCUCUCUGACAACUGCUUCCCUGCUUGGUGCCUGCUUCUGUGCUCUUGUUAUGGUCAUCUUUGCUCUUCACCAUAACACUCCCAUAGUACGUGCUAACAACUCAGAGCUCAGCUUCCUACUUCUGUUGUCACUCAAACUGUGUUUCCUGUGUGUGCUGCUAUUCAUUGGAAGGCCACAAUUGUGGACAUGUCAGUUAAGACAUGCUCUGUUUGGCAUAAGUUUUGUACUGUGCAUCUCUAGCAUCCUGGUCAAGACUAUGGUGGUAAUAGCUGUUUUCAAGUCAUCUCGACCAGAGGGCAAAGGCGCUAUGAAAUGGUUUGGAGCAGCUCAACAAAGAUGCACAGUUCUGGUCUUAACAGCCAUCCAGGUUGUGAUAUGUGCAGUCUGGCUAUCAACUGCCUCUCCAACACCCAAUAAAAACACCCAGUAUAUCCGCUCUAAAAUAGUAUAUGAAUGUGCUAUUGGCUCAGUGGCUGGUUUUUCUAUGCUGCUGGCAUACAUUGGACUGUUAGCAGCAGUAAGUUUCCUGUUAGCUUUCCUAGCGAGAAAUCUUCCAGAUAAUUUUAAUGAAGCAAAGUUCAUCACUUUUAGCAUGUUGAUCUUCUGUGCUGUGUGGAUUGCAUUUGUUCCAGCAUAUGUGAGCUCUCCAGGGAAAUAUGCAGUAGCUGUAGAGAUAUUUGCCAUUUUAGCUUCUAGUUUUGGGUUACUGGUGGCCAUAUUUGCCCCAAAGUGCUACAUCAUCCUUUUACAUCCAGAGAGAAACACUAAAAAAGCCAUCAUGGGAAGAGAAGCACAAAAGAAAUAG